AAUGAAUUAGCAAAAGCAACCAUUAGAUCCAGAAAAUGCUGUUUUGAAUAUUUCUUUAAAAAAAUCAUCAGGUCAAUUUAUAUUCUUAUCAAAAAUCUUCUUGAAUAAAUUUGGAAAAGUUGAUUUGCAUGGUUUAGGAGAAGCAACAAAGACUGUAGCUGCAGUUGCUGAGACUCUUUAAAGAAAGGUAAAUUUAGUUUGAUAAUAGCAUUAUGUAACAAUAAAGAAAAUUGAGACUUAAACAUAUACACCAGAUUAAGGUGGAAAGAAAAUAAAAUUGAUUGCAUAAUUGGAAGUAACAGAAGAAGGAAAAAUAAUGAUUGAGAAUGAAUUGACCAAGAAAAAGGAGGAAUAAUAAUAAUCAGAUUGGUGAUU